GCCGAGUACCAGACCUAAUCGAGUGCGGCAGCUAGGGUUUUGUUCGCCUCUCGACUCGACGAUGCCUCGUCAUGAUGAUCGCUAUGCAAACACCCGGUUGUAUGUUGGUCGAAUUUCUCAUCGCACCCGUGCUCGUGAUCUUGAAGACCUCUUUGGUCGAUAUGGAAGAGUACGAAAUGUGGAUAUGAAGCAUGAUUUCGCCUUUGUUGAAUUCAGUGACCCUCGAGAUGCUGAUGAUGCAAGGUACAGUCUAGAUGGACGAGAGUUUGAUGGUAGCCGAAUUAUAGUGGAGUUUGCUAGAGGGGUUCCUCGAGGUCCUGGAGGUUCUCGUGAAUAUCUAGGAAGGGGACCUCCUCCUGGUUCUGGCCGAUGCUUUAACUGUGGUAUAGAUGGGCAUUGGGCUCGGGACUGCAAAGCAGGAGACUGGAAAAACAAGUGUUAUCGUUGUGGAGAGAGGGGCCACAUUGAAAGAAACUGCCAAAAUAGUCCUAAAAAGCUCAAACGCGGACGGAGUUAUUCAAGAUCACCUUCUCCACGCCGUGGUAGGAGCAGGAGUCGGAGUUACAGCCGAAGCCGGAGUUACAGCCGUUCAAGAUCUCCUGUGAGAGAUGGGCGUCGUGCUGACCGUGAAGAUAGGGGUGGAUCGAGAAGCCCCCACUACAGCAGGAGCCCCAGGGGUAGCCCUCCACCUUCAAAGGAUAGGAGGCGCAGCCCCUCCCCUGAUGGCAGCAGGAGUCCUAAGGACCGAACUAGGAACUCUCCCCCGAAGGAGGAAGCUGAGCGCAAUGGUUCUGACUAUGGUCGUAGUCCCCAUAGGGAAAACAGCAGGAGCCCUAUGAGCCAAGAAAGGGAGAGCCCUCGUGCCAUGAGCCAGGAAAGGGAGAGUCCUCGUGCCAGGAGCCAUGAAAGGGUGAGUCCGCUUGCCAGGAGCCACGAAAGUGAGAGCCCUCGCGGCAGGAGUUACAAAAGCCCUGAAACUAAUGGUGGAAGUCGAAGCCCUAGGGAGUAUGAUGAUGAUGAUAAUAAUCAAUAUGCAUCUCCAAGGCGCAGUGCCUCUCCUCCAAGCUGAUGUUUGGUUGUUUCAGUUAUGGUUAUGGUAACCCUGACUUUCUAGCCGUUGAGACAUUGCUGCAACUUUUGACUUGCUGUUGUGGAUUGCUUAAGGAUUUCCAUAUUUAUGGAUUAAGACCAUUUGAGGCUUGGCAUUUUCUUAUCAAUCUAGUUAUCUUUGCCAUUA